AUGUAUUGUUUGUUCACAGACCCUCACCCGAAACAUUGCGACUCGUACGAAUAUCAGGCGUACACCUUGGAAUAUUUGCACAACUUGCGCUGUACAUACUUGCCAAUAAAAAUGAAAUUAAUAAGUUCUGCGUUUUUUUACAUAUUGUUAGCAAUUGCAUUAUGUUCACGCAAUGUUUCCACGUACUGUGGAAAUGAUGAACAGAUUGAAGAUCUACGAACGGCGUUAAUAGCACAGGAAUCCAUUUACACGGUAUUGACAACACUGAGCGCAAUACCGACAACCGGUGCGGCGUUAGCGUUCGCGCAAAUUAUGAUGUCCAGUCGGUUUGCUUUAAAAUUGAAAGAACAAUUUGAAGAAAUGGAAAGUUCGUUAGACAAGGAUCAUAGAGACUACAUGCAGUGUUCAGAAGCCUUAGAAAAAACAAUAACAGCAACGACAGUCAUCAAGUCAACUAGUUUGGGGUUCUCUCUAACGGCAAUUAUUCCGGGAGUCGGUUUGGCAUUUUUAAUUCCGAGGUUAGGUACAUCGAUAUCUGCUAUGUUUCUUAUAAGAGAAAGAUUGUCAUUUUGGCGAGAUUUUGGUUGCCAAUAUGCUACAACAAGAGAUUGUAAUUUAUAG